AUGGUGGCUGGUACAGAUAAGAAGAUGGAAGCUGACGAACUGAUGGAGUUCCUGGACAAUUUGCCUGAGGGAACGUCGAAAGGUGCUGCUGCUGCUGCCGGUAGUACUGGCGCAAACGCGUCAGCAGACAAGAAUGAGGAUAUUAUGAAGUUUUUAGAUGAUCUUGAGAAGGAUACAAAGACAGAAACUAAGAAGGUGCAAAGUUCGGAGAAGAAAGAGCCUGUGAAGGAACAGGUAGAAGACCAAGAAAAGCCUGAUGUUAAAGAAGAGAAGAAAGUUGAAGGGCCAAAGACAACUGAAGCACAAGAAGAAGUUAAAGUGGAAUCUAAAUCCGAGGAACCUGUUCCAGUUAAAGAAGAAAAUAAUGAUAACAGUGAAAGUGAACCAUUGGAUGACCCAAUUACAUCCAUAUCUAAUUGGUGGUCCUCUUCCGGUGCCAACACAGUUUCCAGUUUAUGGAGUAAGACAACUGAACAAGCUACUCAAUUGAAGAACCGUUUGGCUCAGGAACAAGCUUCAUUACCAUUACCUAUUCCACCAAUCAAUUCAUCUACAAUUACUGAUUUGGCUAAAUCAUUACAGAAAAUUGUUGUUGGUGAAACUGAGGAAGUAUUACGUAUUCAUUUAGUACAUGACCUUGUCAAUUAUUCAUAUUUACAAUAUCAUGUCGAACAAAGGUUUGAUCAAGUGUUGAGUGAUCAAGUACAAGGUGGGAUCCGUAUUUUCGUAGAUGAAUGGGGAAAACCAAAUUCUAAUCAACAACAACCAGCUCAAGAAGCUGUUAUAUUAAACAGUGACGAUAUUGGUAAUAAUGGUAACGUAAGUAUCGUAAAGAACCCUGUUCCUGUUAAGAGACAAUUGAAUGCUUUCAGUGGUAAAGUAUCAGAUGGUGAAAAACUUGCUUUUGCGAAUUUGGAUAACGCUGUAAAAUUAUUCAAUAAAGCUCAUGAAGAAGUCAUUAGACAACAAAAAGAAAAUGAAACUGUAUCCGAUGAUACAGCUAAUAUAAGCGAUAUUUUCAUCUCUAUUGUUCCAAUUGUUAUUCCUAGCGCUAGCAAAGCCGAUGAAAAGAAUACUGCUACUGACGCUUCUCAACCUGGUAACUUCAGUUUCACUAUGGUACUUAAGGACAUUACAAACAAUAUAACAAGUACUACGCGAUCCCAAGGUUUUCCAGCAAAAUGGAUACAUUGGUUAGAAGGUGGUUCUGUUCUACGUAAGGAACAUGGGAAGCAGCAAGGGCAAGAUCUUGAGAAAGAUAAUGACGAAAAUGAAGAGGACGAUGAUGAUGAUGAUGAACAAAUUGACCCUAGCGAAUGGGUUCAAGACUGGGUUGAGGACGGGAUCAGCCUGGUGCUAGGUGUCGUCGCCCAGAAUUAUGUAGUUGAGCGUAUGGGCUUUAAUUAG